ACACACACACACACCACCCACACAAACAAAAUAAAGAGUAGAUCACGAGCGCUUUCUUUCCAGUCACUCCCCUCCUUUCAACCUGCUCCACUCCGUUAAAAGCGUCGCCGAGCUCGUGCGGGGCGCUCAGAGCGCUGAUGGACGCGAGCAUGAUGGAUGCUGAGGGGGGCCGCGUGCACCUCCUGGAGAGACGCGCGAAGAGGCUGGUGGUGAUCGUCGCCCUGCAGAACCUGCUGGUGGCCGCGUGCCUGCUGCUCACGCUUUACGCGUACUGCGUUCAGGAGCCGCAGAGUAAGGUGGGAGAUGAGAGCACUGUGGUUCCUGAUGUUAAUAAUAUCCACAUACAUUUUACAGCCAUUGCAGCCGUCGAAGGGAACACGACGCUGGAGUUUGACGGCGUUCAGAGCAAAUACUUGAUGAGCCUGGAUGCCAAGGAGAAAGGCGUGUUCUACAUCAACUGCACUGGACCCUAUAUCUUGUAUAUGGAUUUGUGCUACAUGAGCAUGGAAGGGAAGGAGGCCAGUGGGACACUGCGGCUGCUAGAUGGGAAGGAAAACCCUGAGACCUUGUUCACCAUGAAUUCUUCAAGCGAGGAGUGCAAGGACACGGUGCUCCAGAAAACGGUCUUCAUCAAAGAGAAGGGGAAGGCCAGACUGCAGUUGGUAUCCAGAGGCCGCUUCAAGCUCAAGAAUUUGACUGUAGGCCUGAGCAGUCUGCUGGGGAGGCAGUGUUUGUUCUGAUGAGGACCCGUGAGCGCCGUCCGAAGAUUAAGACCAGAGCCGAUGGGAACGAGGAAGGGAGCUCAGCGCUUGUGUUCAUCUGCCGCCGCCAGCGCAGACACACUAAAGCAGGACUCGCGCUGACGGCAUGACUUCUCCAAGAGGACCCUUUCCUGUAGUUAUCUGUUACCUCUGUUUGACUGAAUUUUGACUGAAAAUCCCCCCCCCCAAAAAAAAAAAAAUCAAUUCCAAUUAAAUUCUAGUCAUUUUCUUGGUCACCUUCGUGCUGAUGGAAAGUGGUGGCUGCUAAACACUUUUCUGGAGCUUCGCCGCAGACAGUGUUGCAGCAUUCUCACUAAACCACUGAAGUAGAUUUGGACUUGUUUUACGUUGAAAAACAUGAAAAAAAACCCCCAUAAACAUGCAAUCCAAGUCUCACAUCGAUUCAGAAAGACAUUUUUUAAACCCUUUUUUAAGAGGAACCCUUCAACGUAGCGGUUAAGCUAAAAGACUGUCCCGAGAGCUUGACCGCAGAUGAGGGUGUAGAUAAUGGCUUUCAAAUCAGUUUUGGUAUCUCUGGGCUUCCAGAAGCUUUGAUGAGGCCAGACACAGCUUUUUCCUGUUGAUAUUUAAAACAGUCCCCAUCUUCUUCAGUUGGUCAGAAAGCUCCAAAAACACGAAUACCUAAACUUCACCUGACUUUCCAUCGCCAUGAUGGCGACUCUGCGAUGACUGAAUCUUCAUCUUUGACUGUUCCUUUAACAAGCAGCCCCUUGUUGCAAUGGAUUAUUCUUCUUUCUGUUUUUUUGUUGUUUUUUUUUAUCACUUAUUUAGCUAAUUUAUCAGUCAAUUGUUUGGUUUGUAAAACAUCAGAUACCAGUAAAAAAAAAAAAAAAAAGCUCAGUGAUAUUGGGACGCUGAAGGUUUUGCACUCCUCAAGCGGCUUUAAUUUUGUAUUCUCUCUCUAUAUAUAUACACACACAUCUAAUAUAGCGUACUUGUCAGUAUAUCACUUUAUUUAACAAUGACAUUACCAAGUUGUGUAGUGCCUGAUGAAUGUAUUUGUCAUAUUCUCCUGUGAAGCUUCUCCAAUCUGAGUCUCAGAAAACUCUCUGUGUGCCGCGUGGCCUCCGAACAGUGCUGACCUCGCUCCACCACCACACCGCCGGAGUUUACCACCACAACAAUGACACUCUCGCUGACAUGUUUUACUGUCAGGGCCUCUGCAUGGGCUUUUCUCUCUAUGACUAACAUGUUGGGCAGCAUGUGUGGAGCUGGUGUUCCCAGAGAGUUAAAAAAAAAAAAAAAAAGACAACAACAAAAAAAGAAAACACUCGAGACAGCCUUCACACCGACGCACAGACAGCUCAGGGUAAAAGACCAGAGAAGAGGAGUUAAAUGAUUGUAUCUGCACCUGUUCGUAUGUGUGUGUUUUUUAAUGAUUCCUACAGUUAUUAAAGCAAAAACCAAGUGUUGAUUGGUCCCCUAGGUUGGGUUCUUUGUACAUAUUAGUGAAGCUGUGAUGUUUUCAGUGAAAAGCCAUGUUGUUCUAAUGAUGGAUAUUGUUGUUUUUUUAUAAAGUGUACUGUAAGGCACAUUUCACUGUACUCCUUUCAAAAAGCUAGCAGAGACAUGUUUACCAUCUGGUCUGAGCUUUUAAGCUACGCCAUGUUCAGCGUCAUUAUUUCUUUGAAUUGGUCGAUCUGAUGUCUUAUAUCUCUACUGUACUAUCAAUAAAAUAUUUGAUACGA